AUGCAAUUGCCAGUUCUCGGCUGCACUUUCCUCACGCUGUCAGAUUGUGAGGAAAGUACUGCCGAGAACCGGCAGUUGUCAGAGCAGGCAUCGGCACCGAUCAUCAGGGCACUGAUGAUCAGUGCCCUGAUGAUCGGUGCACAGCAGUGCCACCCACCAGCUUCGCCCACCUUUGCUCAGCAGUGCGCCCACCUGUGUCCAGCAGUGAACCCACCUGUGCCACCCACCUGUGCCCACCAGUGCAGCCCAUCAGUGCUACCAGUCAGUGCCCAGCGGUUGUGCCAGUCAGUGCCCAGCAGUUGCGCCAGUCAAUGCCUAGCAGUGCCGCCAGUCAGUGCCACCUAUCAGUGCCGCCUAUCCGUGACACCUCAUUAGUGCUGUCUAUCAGUGCAGCUCAUCAGUGCUGCCUAUCAGUGCCACCUAUUCGUGCCCAUCAGUG